UUCAUACAGUUACAGACCUGUUUUCUCUUCUAGGAUCCUUCGGUUACACAAGUGACAAGAAAUGUUCCUCCAGGGCUAGAUGAGUACAAUCCUUUCUCUGAUUCGAGAACACCUCCUCCAGGAAAUGUGAAAAUGCCUAAUGUACCCAGUACCCAGCCAGCAAUAAUGAAACCAACAGAAGAACCACCUGCUUACACACAAAUUGCAAAGGAGCAUGCCUUGGCCCAGGCAGAACUGCUAAAGCGUCAAGAAGAAUUGGAAAGAAAAGCAGCUGAACUAGAUCGCAGAGAAAGGGAAAUGCAGAGUCUCAAUCAGCAGGGGGGUAGAAAAAAUAACUGGCCACCUCUUCCUGAAAAUUUUCCAGUAGGUCCUUGUUUCUACCAGGAUUUUUCUGUAGACAUUCCUGUAGAGUUCCAGAAAACAGUAAAGAUUAUGUACUAUUUGUGGAUGUUCCAUACAGUGACACUGUUUCUUAAUAUCUUUGGAUGUUUGGCCUGGUUUUACGUUGAUGCUACACGAGGGGUUGAUUUUGGAUUGAGUAUUCUCUGGUUCUUGCUUUUUACACCUUGUUCUUUUGUCUGCUGGUACAGACCCCUUUAUGGAGCUUUCAGGAGUGACAGUUCAUUCAGGUUCUUUGUAUUCUUCUUUGUAUAUAUCUGUCAGUUUGCUGUACAUGUACUUCAAGCUGCAGGAUUUCAAAGAUGGGGAAACUGUGGGUGGAUUUCAUCUCUUACUGGUCUUAAUAAGAGUAUUCCUGUUGGCAUUAUGAUGAUAAUCAUAGCUGCACUUUUCACAGCAUCUGCUGUUAUCUCCUUAGUUAUGUUUAAAAAGGUGCAUGGUCUCUACCGCACGACUGGUGCUAGUUUUGAGAAGGCACAGCAGGAAUUUGCAACAGGAGUCAUGUCCAACAAAACUGUACAAACUGCUGCAGCCAAUGCCGCAUCAACAGCAGCAACCAGUGCAGCUCAGAACGCGUUCAAGGGUAACCGAAUGUAGGGGAACAUAGAAAGUCAUCACCAUUCUCUUUGAUUGUACUUUAUUUUCCAGUCACUUACUGUAUUCCCUAUAAGCCUAGAUGAAAAUUCACACAGCAUGUUUGUGUCUUCUGCAGCUGUGCAUGGGUGAAAUGGGAAAUGUUUGGUUACUUUAUUAUAAAUGUAUUUAUUUUAAAAUUAUAACCAUUCUUUGCCCUUCUUUAAGAUGAUGAAUUCUAGAAUAUAGAGCCUUCCAUAUUUUAUGGAGGAUAGAUAAUUUCAACAAUUGGCCGGAGAAUUAAUUGUGGUAUAUAAUGAUCAAAUAAAUGUGUUAAGACUUUGGAAGGGUUUUUUAGUGGUUCACUCCAGUAUUUUUUUUAACUUCAGGAAAGCAAUUUGGAUCAAUUAUUUUUCUUUGUAAGAAUUUUUUCCCUGUUUCUACUAUAUGAAGUGGGGUAGACUGGGAGAUGUAGAAAGUUAGGUUUAGCUACUGCUUUUGCAAUUUCAGCAGCUGCUGGAGGACAAAUACAAGUAAGGUAGAUAUUAUAAAUUAUUUUCUUGGGUUUUUUUUUAGGAUAAGUCUUUUGAUAUAAACCUGUAAGUUUGCAUGAAUACUGUUGAGUUAUCUGAUCUUGUUUAAAUAGUGUUUUGGUCCAGAAUUUACCUGCACCACUUUAUAAUAAUAGGACUUGUUUGUAUCUAUUUUCAUGGAGUAUUCUCUACCUGUGAGAAAUGACUAUGGUGCAUAAACAUUCUCUGUAACAGAAUGUGUAAUGCAGUGUACAGUUUAAGGAAGUUAACUGAUGGUUUCAAUCACAAAGCUAAAUGAUUAUAUAUUUGCUAUUUUAAAUUUCAGAUUCAUGUCUUGGGGUAAUAAUUUUGCUGGCAAAGAAACCAGUAUUGACUUUUAGAACACUAGUUUCUUGCCCUCCUCCCCUCUUCUACAUGCAGUGGUAUUUUUGUUGUAUUUGGGAUUUUUUGUUGGUGUUUUUUUUUUUGUUGUUGGGGUCUGAGGUUUUUUUUUUGUUUAGAUUUGUGUUUAAUAGUGGUACUAAACCUCUAGCCUAGUCAGUCACUCUGUUUACUGCUUGUCCAGAAACCUAACUAUACAGUAUUUAAUCUUCUACCAGAAAUACUGUCUAAACCCAAGCUUCUUAAGCAAUGGCAUUUAAUAGAUACUUGAAUUCACUUUAACUCAGCCAUCUCUGUAUUGUGAAUUAAGGUGGAGCAAAAAAGCUUUUAAACUAUUUUGAAUUGGAAACAUGAGAAAUACUCAUCUUUAACAAUAUUAACUUUUAACUCAUUUAUCUGGAGGCCUAAGAGGUUAAAUUGGUGCUGUGGAACUGAACAAUCCUUAAUGGUAUGUACCAUCAUAAUGUAAUAGAAUAUAAUCAGAAUUUAGUAUAACAUCUUGUUUUUCUCCUUUGAAGAUUAUAUUCUUGGAUUGCCUCAUGAGUCUUACACACUACACUUGGACUGUUUUUUCAAACUCUGUUUUCAAAAAUGAAAACAGGAAGGACCACAUCCCCACAACCUGUAUAAGUACACACUGUGGCUGAAAUAAAUUCAGCUGUUAAGGUGAAUCACCUUUAGUGAGACAGCAUAAAAUUCUGAGGCCCCUCCAUGUUCUGAACGUUGACUGACUUUCACAGAUUCUUUUUCACUACACUGUAUUCAUUAAUAACAGAAGAGCAUUACAAAAAAUAAAUGCUCUAGCUUAAUCCCUGGAUCAGUAUUGUACUGUUAGCAUGAAGUCCCUAUUAGUCUCCUUUCUUCUACUAAUUUCUUUAAAUCCAGCUUGAAUUUGGGUAAAUGUCAUAGUUUCACCUAUGCUGAAGUUCUUAUUAAUGAAUAUACUUGCUUAUAAAUGUUCUCUGCAUCAUGAAGUUAAAAGCAAUUUAAAUAUUCUCUGUAAUAGGGACUCUAAAUUUUCAUACUAGUGGACAUGCUAGCAUUGAACUUAAAUUUGUGUGGAAUAUUAUUAAAAGCUUUCCAGAUAAAAGCCACCAUGUGCUGUUGAGAUCAGGCAUCAUCCUUCUAGCAGCUGUAUAUCAGAUAUAUAUAUUCUUUUGAUAAUAUUUUAGACUUAACUUGGGGGUUGUAUCUAGAAAGUCUACUAUGGAUUACUUUUAAAUCUAAAUUCAAGCAAUUCUCUUGGUACUUUUUGGAUAGGAAUCACAGGGACAUCAUCCUUGUAAUUUAAUUUAAGUUGAAGAUUGCAUAAUAAUAUACCAGAAUAUAUUAUGGAA